AGUCCCUGCAACCUGACGCUUUCCAUUUAUGUAGUUACGUACUCAAGAGAGGCACGCCUGCACGGCUUAUAGGGAGGUUCAUUUUCAAACUCCAGCCUAACCUACACUCCUAAAGUUCUGUUUCUCCUGACAGUCCCUUAUACCACCGAGGUGACCACGCGACGCAUCAUCAUGGCCUCGAUGACAUCGAACGUGGCGAGCGGCUUCCGCCUCGAAGGCCAUGCCCGUCUUCAAGUUGGAAACAACAUUAACGUAUACUCCGCUGGGAGAGAUUGCUUGGCCGACUUGCGUUCACAAUGCGUGGACCCAAGCGACGUCAAAAACCGGAUCGAGUUCUUGAAGGGUGGCCUGUUGAAGGCCUCGUACGAGUGGGUACUACCAGAGUUCUGGAGUUGGCACGGAAACAGCUUGUCUCGUCUCUUCUGGAUCAGAGGGGAUGCUGGCAAGGGCAAGACCAUGCUGGUGUGCGGGAUCAUCGACGACCUGAAAGCCCGGGGACAUGGCGACUUGAUCGCCUACUUCUUCUGUCAAGCCAGCGACUCUCGACUUCAAAGUUCCACGAUGGUGCUGAAAAGCUUGCUCUUUUCCCUCCUGGCUCGACCUCGGUAUGGACAUCUCAGGAAGCACUUGGAGGUGAAGCACAACAGCGCUGGGAAGCAGAUGUUUGACGAUUCCAAUAACACCACCUUUUUCGGUUUGCGAGAUGUCCUUGAAAAUAUGAUGCGCGACAAUGAGUUUCUGCCGACCUGCCUGAUCGUCGACGGUCUUGAUGAGUGCGAAAACGGGCUCGGCGAGGUUCUGCAUCUCAUUAGAAACACUGCCACGACGUGCGACCGUAUCAGAUGGGUAGUCUCAAGUCGAAACUGGCCGCCGAUCGAGCGACAGCUGGGUUCUUUAAAUUUCGCCAUCACGUUGAACCUGGAGAAGAAUGCAGAGAAUGUGUCCCAGGCUAUUUCUCACUACCUUGACCACAAAGUCCCACAGCUGGACUGCAUUCGGGACAACACUGCUCUACAGCGUGAGACAAAAUCUCGACUACAAGAGAAAGCCAAUGGGACAUUCUUAUGGGUGUCUCUUGUACUCAAGCAGUUAGAGACAGAGUGCUUCCUGGAGUCAGCGGUUCUUCCACUGAUUGAAGAUAUCCCCCCUGGCCUAUGGCCAAUAUUCGAGCGGAUGAUGUCCAAACUCAAGGAAAAUCGAGUGUACUUCGAAGCUUGCCGGGGAGUCCUCUCAACCGCCACGCUCACCAACCGUCCACUUCAGCUUCAAGAGUUGCAGUUUCUUGCCGAUGUGAACAAAACCGACAAUAUUUCCAAGGUUGUGAACCUUUGCGGGUCGUUUCUUACCAGUGUCGAUGGUACGGUUUCCCUGAUCCACCAAUCCGCGAAGGACUACCUUCUGGAUCCUCAAAGAGCGCUUGCAGAAGCCUUUCCAGAGGGGUUGGCCGGGGUACAUCAUCGAACUUUUGUGCGGCCACUCGAGUUUAUGAACAGUACACUGCGUAGGGAUAUCUAUGGUUUGCGCCGCCAGGAUUGUUCGGUCCAAGAGAUUCAAACCCCUAGUCCAGACCCUCUUUCUCAAGGACGAUACCUAUAUUUGCACGUUCUGGAUAGAUCAUCUCAUUGAGUCAAGCCCCCACCAACUCGAAGACGAUCGCGUGUUUCAUUUCCUCCAGCAUCACUUUCUCCACUAGCUAGAGAGCUUGGCCCUCCUGAGGACGUUCUGAGAGGGAAUUCUA